UUGGUCAACGUUGUGUCCUGAAAACGUCCUCCUACGUGUCGAGUACAUGCAUUUGAAAAGUGGGCUUGCUUACGCCUAGAUUCUAAAACUGAAAAAUCAAAACCCAAGCGUGUGUAGCUCUAAUUAACUGAAUUCAGCAUGGCAGAGGAGUACAGUGCACGAAUUACAGAUGUGGUAAACAGCAGCAGUGUUGCUUUCAUGAUGUCAUUGGCGAAAGACACAGGCAUCCUUACAGCGCUGAAAGACGCUUUGCAACCUCUGACCUCACAAGAAAUCGCUGAUUUGAAAGGUCUAAAGGAAAGGUAUGUGAGGGAAAUUCUGGGCUGCCUUGCCUGUGCGAAACUGGUACGGCUUGAGACAAGUGAUACUGGAGAAACCUCCUACUUUUUGACCGAUGAAGAGAAAAAAGGCUUAGAGCACGAAGUCAAUUGGCCCUUUCUCUCUAUACCCCGACUCUUUGCUUCUAAGUAUAACAGUCUAAAAGGUCUUUGUGACGCCAAAGGACCGUAUG